CACAGACACAUAUUGGUCACGCGAUCAGGAUAAGUUGGCAACAGGCAAUAGCUGUUGGUUGUGUGGCGGUGAAUGCACGUGUUUUACAAUUUUUGUGUUUGGUUUGAAUAACCUUCAUAUUUUUAAGUAUACGUACGACAAAGUGAAGUGUUAAGGUAUUCAAAAUGGCAGAUGAAGAUUCUAAUGGUGUUGUAGAAGAAAAAGGGUCAGAUGGAGAUGAUUGUGAUGUAAAAGAAGAAAAGGGUUCAGAUGGAGAUGUUAAUGGUGUUCAAGAGGAAAAGUGGCCCAGUUUGAAUGACAAGAUAGUUCGUCAAAUUGAGUAUUACUUUGGAGAUAUAAAUUUGCCAAAAGACAAAUUUCUCCAAGAACAAAUAAAACUGGAAGAUGGUUGGAUUCCACUUGAAGUAAUGCUGAAGUUUAAGCGCCUUUCAAGCCUUACAACAGACUGUGAUGUGAUAGUAGCAGCUUUGGAAGCAUCAGAUCUUGUGGAGGUUAGUGAUGACAAGAAGAAAAUUCGUCGUAAUCCAAAUUCCCCAUUGCCAGUAUUAAAUGAGGAACGGCGCAAAGAACUUACAACCCGAACUGUUUACUGCAAGGGAUUUCCUGUGGAUAGCACAACAUUGGACAAGUUAUUGAAUUACUUCCAAUCAUAUGGCCCAAUUGAUAAUGUUCAGAUGAGGUCAUAUAAAGAUAAGGCAACAAACAAAUUCAUAUUCAAGGGAUCAGUUUUUGUUAUUUUCAAGACAAAAGAAUUAGCAGCAAAAUUUUUGGAGAGCGAUGUUAAGUAUGAGGAUGUAAAACUAAUAAGCAAGUGGCAGUCAGAUUAUGUUGAAGAGAAGAAGAAGGAACGUGCUGAAAGAAAGAAGACUGGAAGGGCACCAACAAAUAACUUUAAAGUAGAGGAGCAGCAACAGAAGGAAGAUCUGCCGAAAGGAGCAAUUUUGCAUCUGAAAGGAAUUAAUGGUGAGACAACACGUGACAACAUAAAGGAAAAACUGCUGAAUGAAGGUCUGGAUGUUGCUUUCAUUGGCUUUAACAAAGGAGAUGAUGAGGCAUGGGUGAGGCUGCUGGGAGAGAAUUCAUCAAAAGAGUAUGUAGAGAACCUGAAAGAUGGUAAACUGACGGUAUGUGGCUCAGAACUUGAAGCAAGGUCUCUGGAAGGUGACGAGGAAGUUAAUUUCUUGGAGAAAACCAAAGAGGAUAUAGAGAAGAGAAGGCAAAAGACUGUAAGAAUUAAGAAAGGACGCAAAGGUAUGUGGGAGAACCUUCCAUUAUUAAUCAUUCUUUCAGUUAUGUGCGAAUCAUAGUACAGCAUUACUGAU